AUGGCAGAAGCUAAGGUUGAGAUUGUAUCCCAAGUCACCAUAAAGCCAUUAUCUCCAACUCCGAAUCACCUUAAACACUUCCAAAUUUCUCUCCUUGACGAGAUAGCUACUCCUCCUUCUUUUUAUGUUCCCGUUGUUCUCUUCUACUCUGCUUCUGAUCAUGAUUUUUUCAAAGUGUCUCAAAAGUUGAAGACUUCGCUAUCUCAAAUUCUCACUCUCUAUUAUCCAUUCAGUGGAAGAAUCAAAAGAAAUAAAAGCAAUCUCUAUGUUGAUUGCAAUGAUGAGGGUGUCCUUUACCUUAAAGCUAGAGUCCCCUCAAAGCUCUCAGAUUUUCUCAAGGGUAAUACCAACGAACAACUCAAUGAGACUAAAGGGUUUCUUCCAUUAGAUCCCUAUAAGCCUAAACUAGACGAUGAUGAUGAAGAUCGUCUAAUAAUGGCUGUUCAGGUUACUGAGUUUUGCUGUGGAGGUAUAGCAAUUGGUUUGUGCAUCUCACACAAGGUUUGUGACGCAACAUCAGUAGCUUCUUUCCUCAAAGCUUGGUCCCAAAGGGCAAUGGGAGAAGCUUCUUCUUCACCUCUUAAUAUGGAAGCUUCUUUUCUUUUUCCACCCAAAGGCGUAGGGAUUGACAUCAAUGACAGGGUAGGUGAGAAAAACAUUACAACAAAGAGAUUUCUGUUUAGUGAAAAUAGCUUGUGCAAAUUGAAAGAAGAAAUUUCAAGAAGUUGUGGCUUUACACCUACCAGAGUUGAAGCUGUGACAGCUUUGAUAUGGAAAUCGGCGUUGGAAGCUGCAAGAAACACAGAACCAAGUGACAAAAGUACUUCAUUCCUGUUACAUGCCGUGAACAUCCGUGGCCGGAUGCAGCCGUCGUUGCUGGAAAAUUCUUUAGGUGAUGUUGGCAUGCGUAAUCCUUUUGUAUAUGCAAUUUCUCCAUUGUUUGAAGUUGACAAAGAAACGAAGAUGAAGCUACAAGAUUUGGUAGAAGUAGUGAUAAAAACCAUAAAAAUGGUUGAUGGAAAUUAUGUGCGUAAGCUUCAAGGAGAUGGUCAGGAGCUUAUGGAGACUCUUGAACCAAUGUCACACAAGUUGGUGGCUAAGAAAGAUGUUCCUUGUUAUAGCUUCAGUAGUUGGGUGAGGUUUGGUUUUUAUGAAACAAGUUUCGGAUGGGGCAAGCCAACCUGGGUCUGUACUAUUGGAGUGCCUAUAAAAAAUGUGAUCAUUUUGAUGCCAACUUGUUCUGGAGAUGGAGGAUUAGAGGCUUGGAUCACUUUGAAUGAGCUUCAUAUGUGCCAAUUUGAAACCCAUCCUCUACUUCUUCAAUUUGUUUCUUCUAAUCCAUAA